AUGGAUUCGACAUUGGACGACAUUCUCACCGCCCGAACCGCCAAGGAUGCUGAUGACGUGUUCGGUGUUUUCGCGACCGUUGUCGACAAGAAUGGGGAGACUCUCUACAGCAAAGGCGCUGGUCGCGUCAAGUUCGACAGCGAUGAAGUCCCCGAUGAGGAUACCACAUACUGGGCUUUCUCGUGGACAAAGCUAUUGACCACAGUAGCUGCAUUGCAAGUUGUUGAGCGAGGACAGAUUGCAUUGGACGAUGACGUUGAUUCGCUGCUGCCAGAGCUCAAGAACCCCGAAAUCCUGUCCGAGGGUGCAGAUGGUGGUCUUGUUCUUACGCCGGCUGCGAACAAAAUUACUCUCAGACAUCUUCUUACCCACCAAAGCGGAAUCGUGUACGAUGGGAGAACCCCUCUGUUGAUGAAGUGGCGACAGUCCAGAGGCGAGAGCGCACUCUCCUUCAGCGGAGAUGUCAUAAAGGCAUUCUCCACUCCGCUGGUCUUCGAGCCGGGCGAGAGUUGGGCGUACGGUGGCGGCCUGGACUGGGCCGGCGUCAUCAUUGAGCGAUUGAACCAUAUGAAGCUGGGAGAGUAUAUGCAAAAGAACAUUUUUGAUCCUCUGGGAAUGCGACACACGACAUUCCAUCUGAAUGCCCGGCCUGAGAUCAAAGCAAAGCUGAUGGAUACGGCAAUGAGAACCCCGGAGGGGAAGCUGGUUCCGACGGCUCCGUGGUAUCCCGCAGACGCCGUGACCGAUGCAGGCGGAAUCGGAAUUGUGACCAGCGUCGCAGACCACGUCAAAGUCCUGGCGGACCUUUUGAAGGACAAUCCUACAGUCUUGAAGCGAAGUUCCGUGGAUGCCAUGUUUACACCACAGUUCUCGAAGACCGGUCCUCAAGCUGCGGGUUUGAUGAACAUGCCGUUCAUGCAUGAAAAUCUGACUGGAGGCGAGAAGACGCUUGGAAAGCUGUCGUUUGGCAUUGGUGGGCUCGUCACCCUCGAUGAAACUCCUCUUCUGCCUCGACAUACAUUGAGCUGGGGCGCCAUGCCCGGAAUGGCAUGGUUCGUCAACAGGGAAAAGGGCUUGGCCGGCGCGUUUGGCACUCAAAUGUUGCCUCCCGGCGACAAGAAUAUUAACAGCCUCAUUGGAGAGUUCCUGAAGGAAGCAAUGAAGAUGGCAAAGGUGUAA